AUGGCCGUGGCUCCUUCGACUCUGUGGGGCAGGCUCGGGGUGCGCGCGGCGCUGAGCGCCCGCUGCGGCUCCGGAGGACCCGGCGCGGGGGGCGGGGGGUCUGGCGCUGGGAGCGCCGAGCCCCAAGGCCGCCGCCGACACCUCAGCGGCCCCGAACAGCCACAGCGGGCGACCCCCCCGACCCCCGGCGCCCGGUUGGACAACAAGAGCUUCCUGUGGGCGCGCUACAACGAGAUGAAGCGCCUGGUGCAGGAUCUGCUCCCCCCGGGUGUGUGUAACCUCCUGAACCCUUCUACUAUCUAUGCCAACAAUGAGGUGUGCCUGGCUGACAUUGAGAUCUAUGGUUUUGACUAUGACUACACUCUGGCUCUGUACUCCAACUCCCUCCAUUCCAUGAUUUACAACACUGCCAGGGACAUCUUGGUGGAACAGUAUAAGUAUCCAGAGGGGAUCCGAAAAUAUGACUACUUACCAAACUUUGCCAUCCGAGGAUUGCACUAUGACAUUCCCAAGGGCUUACUGAUGAAGAUCGAUGCCUUCCAUUACAUCCAGCUGGGCACCGUAUACAGGGGCCUCAAGCCAGUCCCAGAUGAAGAAGUAACUGAGUUGUAUCAAGGCACACAUCACAUUCCCCUCCACCAGGUUAGCGGAUUCUAUGGCAAGGGACCAGCAGUGAAGCAGUUCAUGGACAUCUUCUCCCUUCCUGAGAUGACCCUCCUUGCAGUGGCCAAUGACUUCUUCAUUUCCAAUGAUAUUGAUUAUGACCCAAUCCACCUUUAUAAGGAUGUCACGGAUGCCAUCAGGGAUGUCCACAUUAAAGGCCUCAUGUACAAAUGGAUCCUCCAGGACUUGGAAAAGUACAUCCUUCGGGGUGAAGAGACCUAUGCUGUCCUGCGCCGCCUGGUGGACAAUGGCAAGAAGCUGUUUCUCAUCACCAACAGCCCCUUCAGCUUUGUUGACAAAGGCAUGAAGUACAUGGUGGGCAAGGAGUGGAGGGAUUUCUUUGAUAUAGUCAUUGUGCAGGCGGAUAAGCCACAUUUCUUUAAUGAUGGCAUCAAACCUUUCCGACGAUUGGACGAGAAUGGAGACCUUCAGUGGGAUAAGAUCAUCAAGCUAGAAAAGGGCCAGGUAUACAAACAGGGGAACCUGUUUGAUUUCCUGCGGCUGACUGGUUGGCGAGGAUCCAAAGUCUUCUACUUUGGUGACCAUCUCUACAGUGAUCUUGCAGACCUAAUGCUUCGUCAUGGCUGGCGUACUGGGGCUAUUGUUCCAGAACUAGAGACUGAGACCAAGAUUGUCAACACAGAGCAAUAUUCCCAGUCACUGACAUGGCUGCAGGCCCUUACUGGCCUACUGGAACGUAUGCAGAUGUUUCGAGAUGCUGAGUCCCAGCAGGUGCUCCAAGACUGGAUGAAGGAGAGGCAGGAGAUGAGGGCUGUCACCAAGAAUUUGUUCAAUCCUCAGUUUGGCAGCAUCUUUCGAACCUGCCACAACCCCACCUAUUUCUCUCGCCGGCUCUGCCGCUUCUCAGACCUCUACAUGGCUUCCAUCAGCUGCCUGCUCAAUUAUGACCUUCGCUACACCUUCUUUCCCCGCCGCACUCCUCUGCAGCAUGAGGCCCCCCUCUGGAUGGAUCAGCUCUGCACAGGCUGCAUGAAAACCCCCUUUCUGGAGGAGAUGGCCCACAUUCGCUAGGGUGUGUGCUUCCCACCCGGGGGUGCUGGGCCAUUCACAAGCCAAGGCCCAGUGCAAGACUGGAUCCUUCUGGUCUCAGCACAUCCCCCUCCCAUCCCCUAGCUCGGUCCGGGGUUGGGAGCCAAAGGGUGAUCAUAGGGCUGACCACCAGGGUGUCCCAUGGGGAGGAUACACUGGCAUCAGCUGUUGCCUUUGUGCCUCUUCAUUAUGACCACCUUAGGGACCCGCAAGACCCUAUUUGUAGCUGUCCAUUGGAUGGGCAUUUAAUGGGUUUGUCUGCUUUGGUGCUAGGGAGGAACCUGUCCCUGAGGCUUGAGGGAUGGGUGCCCCCAAUUAGAAAUCUGUUUCUCUGAGCCAAGCAACAGAGCCCAACCACAGCUGAGAGAGAGAGAAAGCAUUAGAAAGAGUGUGGAUCCAUGUGCCUAUUGAAGGGGCAGGCAGAGAAGCUUAGAACUCAAAAGGCUAGUCCCAGUGGACAAUGGAGGACCCUUUCUCCCUCUGAGUGCCAUUUGCCAGAUGGCAUCUGGGGCCUAGGAAAGUGAAAGGACUUCCCCAAGGUCCUAGUGUGCAGGAAAUGAGAUUUAGUUUGGGGGAUAGCAGUGGGGGUUGGGGAGAUUGGAGUCUUCCCUGGGUUUAGAGGCCUUGCAAGACCUUGGAAUUUCUCAGGAGGGGCCUGGAGCCUGCCAAGAAGCAAGCUGCUUUGGCUUGUCUACCUUCAUAACCCCUCCCCACAGCCUUCUCCACUUCCUGGAAUCUUCAGGCUGCACCCUAGCCCUGCAGUGGGCCCCGUGCCUUGUCUGCUUUCUCUUUCUUGCCAAAAAGCUGAAGCCUUGACUCUCAACUGCACAGGGAGAACUCUUGGGAAAACAGAAGGGUUGGGGCUGAGUUACAGACUGUGUUUGUCAGGCAGGGAAGCAGGAGGUGCCUCCACAAGGUUCCCAGGGCUCUUGCCGGUAGCAGGGGCUCCCCAUUCUGUCAAGGCCUAUACAACCCCAGCCCUCCACCAAGAGAUCGGAUGGGGAUCUUGGCCAUCAUCUCGGUCCUCCCUUGUAGUGCUGGCAGGCUCUCCUCCUGUUCCUUCUGCCCACAAAUAAGGAGAAGCCCACUAUCCCAUCCUGUUACAGAGGAUUCUGUAUCUGCAGAACAUCUCCAAUGAGGACAGUGGGCCAUGGUGGGCAUUGUGCUGUCACUGAUGCUCUGAGCCCUCCAGUGGUGGGCUCCCACGGAGUUGGAAACAUCUCUGAGCCUCCCUCCUUCCCUCACAGUCAGCUAGAGCAGCUAGGCCAUGAGGCAGGGACCAGAGCCCUCUCACCUAAGCCUUCUGCUUCUCUGGCCACCCCUCACUCUUCCCUUGCCCUUUUCCUCUUAAAGGAAAACAAAACCAAAAAACCAGCUGAUUUUCUAUCUCCUUCAUUUCUGAAGAUGCUCUUCUCUCUGCCUCCUCCUCAGAGAGGCAUCUGAUGAAUGAAUGUCCAAAUGUUCUGGAUGGCUCUAUCUAUCCCCAGGUAUCUAUUAAGUGCUGGGGACAGUAAUAGAAGAAGUAAGCCACCCCCUGCUUUCAGGGGGCUUACAUUCUGAUGGAAGAAGAUAGAUGACCUGGUGACCCAGGAGUCUGAGAAGACCGGGCCGGUGAGGGGAGUCAUAGGGCAAUUGAUCGAUGUAUCCUCUCAGAACAGUGUUCCCAGAGCCAGAGGUAGAAGGGGGAGGUGGGGAAGAUGGCUGGAGAGUCAGCCCAUGAGCCCAGCCUGAUGCUGGGGCCACUGUUCCAACAGCUCAACUGACUUGCCUACUGGAGUUCCACUCACUGCUAAUGGUGUAGAAAUUGUUCACUACUUUUAAAUGGUCCCCCCAGUGGUAGGGUUCUCAGAGCCUUCUCUUCCAUGGAGAGCGAAGGCACUGAGCCAGAAUCAAAAAGAAAGGAUUGUGAUGGAGAAGGUAGAAGACUGAAAGGAAGCUGGCAGAGGGCCCCCCUGGACUUGCAAAGGGAUUGCCCAUGUACGCAGCAGCAGGGGGGAAGCAGCCUCCACAAGCACUUGAUUUUCAAAGUUUUAAUAAAUAAAAAUAAUGGAGGAUAGGGUAUGCAGUAGCACCAGGAAGAUGAGGAAAAGCACCUCCUAGAUGCUGCUUGAGCCAGGCUUUGAAGACUGGGCAUUUUAAGAGGCUUUUGGAGGAAAGGGAGUGCACCCCAGGUGUGGUGCACAGCCUAGGUAGAGGCGGAGAAAUGGGAGGUAACACGUCCUCAGCGUUCUAAGGGUACUGUGGGAUACAUUCAGCUAGGUAAGCUAAAGUUAGGCUGUAAAGAAUUUUCAAUUUCCAAGAUAUUAGUGUUCAAGCAGGGGCCAUGAAUGUGGCCAGAGCUGGGCAGCCUUAGAGCAGGGCUGGCUUGGGACGUUUGGGGGCUGGAGCCAAAGCCCCCCAGAGUGGAGAGGACAGGCCAGUUGGACAGCAAUUCAUCUGAAGAAUAGAAGGGAGAUUCUACUAAUACACUUAAAAUGCAUGUAGCAGCACUUUCUGUGGGAGCAACAAAUGAAAUAAAGAUGUCCAUCGACUGGGGAAUGGCUAAACAAAUUUUGGUAUGUAAAUGUAAUGGGAUAUUAUGAUGCUGUAAGAAAUGACAAGCGUAUUUACAGAGAAGCCUAGAAAGACAGAGUGAAGCAAGCAGAGCUGUGGGAACAAUAAUACAGUGACUAUAGUGACAUAUAAAAAGAAAAAGCUCCAUGAACCAUAAAUGCUUUUUGAAGAUUACCUAAAAAACAAAGACAUGGCCCCAAAGGAGAUGUGAGAAGAUGCUUCCCCCAACACACCCCGCUCCCAUCUUUCUGAGGUGGGACAUCAAUGGAUGUGGAACACUGCAUAUAAUUUCAGAUUUGUUA